AUGCUACUGUCUCAGGAGCCACCAAGCGAAGAGGAGCUGAGCAGACUGGAAGCCAAAGCCAUGAAAGCUGAAGCCAGGGAAGCAGCCAUAGAGAAGAGGGAAGAAGAACAGAUAGAGCGAGAGAGGCGCCUGCGCAUGGUGCAGCGAAUCGCACAGGUCAAGUGGAAGAGGCUGGAGGAUGCGAGAGCGGCCCGAAGACAACCACCAGCCACUCGGUAA